AACGAAACUAUAAUAUCAUAAAAGUAAUUUAAACGUUUAAAUUUUACGAUACGAUUGUUGGUUGAGUUAAAUAAGUUUUGAAAGUGUUGCCAAAUCGUCAACAACUUUCAAAACACUUGUUGCAACUGGUUCUAUAUGGUUAUAGUUUUGUGUUUGCAAAAUUGCAAUUUACAAUCACCCGGCGUCUUGUCACUUUAUGAUUAAGAGAAAUUUUGUCUUUUGCACCACCAAAUAUUACUUCCAACAAGACAUAUUUUAAAAUACUAUUCAACAAAAACUCACAGUGUAUUGAAGUUCGACUUUGUGUUUCUUAGAAACUCGAAGGUCGUGUAACAUUUAAUGAAUAUUGAUAAGGUUCAAGUUCAACAUGUUUAAACUAGGCACAAAUUUGACUAGGAACACGGCGAUAAUUUUUAAUCGCCUGAUGUCAUCACAAGAGCAAGAAGUGUUGUUUGAGACAUUGAAUAAUGCUGGAGUAAUCACACUCAACAGACCUAAGGCAUUAAAUUCUUUGAAUACCAACAUGGUGACAAUGAUGCUGCCGCAACUGCAAGACUGGGAGAGAAGCAAAGGCUUGGUUAUCAUAAAAGGAGCUGGAGAAAAGGCAUUUUGUGCUGGGGGUGAUGUCAAAUCUGCAAUAGACAGGGUUGAAGGGCCUAAAUUCUUCCACACAGAAUAUAAUGUUAACUAUUUAAUAGGAAAAUAUAAAAUUCCAUACAUAGCUUUUAUGGAUGGUAUCACUAUGGGUGGAGGUCUCGGUGUGUCUGUACAUGGCAGAUACAGGAUUGCUACGGAGAAAACAUUGAUAGCCAUGCCGGAGACCAAGAUAGGACUGUUCCCAGACGUUGGAGGGUCAUACUUCUUGCCCCGGCUGCAGGUCAAUUUAGGAUUAUAUCUAGGCUUGACAGGUGACAGAUUAAAAGCAAAAGAUGUUGUGAAAUCUGGAAUAGCAACUCAUUUUGUGCCAAGCAGACGUUUGUUUGAGCUGGAAAAACUUCUAUCUCGUUGCAACAAUGACUCAGAGAUCCGUAACCUGCUUAACAAGUUUAAUGAGCCUCCGGAAGAGUUCUCAUUAGCUCCCAAUAUCAAACACAUCAACUAUUGUUUCGCUGCAUCCACUAUUGAAGAAAUCAUUGAGAGACUACAAAAGGUGCAGAAUGACUGGUCGGUUAAAACUUUAAAGACUCUGAGCCAGAUGUGUCCAGGCUCGCUGAAGAUAACCCUGAGAGCGCUGCAGCGCGGUGCGCAGUUGGACUUGCCGCAAUGUCUGCGCAUGGAGUACCGCCUUGCUUGCCGAGCCACUGAGAACCACGACUUCCCCGAAGGUGUCCGAGCCCUCCUCAUUGACAAGGAUAACAAUCCGCAGUGGAACCCAAAGACUCUGGAUGAAGUCACAGAAGACUAUGUAGAGAGUUAUUUUAAGAAGCUCCCAGAGGAUCGUGAGCUGAAAUAUUUCGAUGCCAAACUUUAAUUUGUUGUUAGUAUUUAUUAAUUCCACAUAUCCUAACAUUUAUAUAUAAUAUAAGGAACUCGAAAGCUUUUCUUUUAAAGGGUAAAAGUGAGAAGGAAAAGACUUACAGGUAUCAAAAUAUUUCACUUAUUAAUUUUAUUUAGCGCAAA